CUCUCUCGAGUUUCCCCCCGCGGAGUCCCAAAACCCUAAAUAAAGCUCCGAUCGAUCCAUUUCAAUGGCGACGACCUCUAGUAUCUUCGUCUAGGUUUUCCAUUUCGGUCCAUCGCAAUGCCCGAUCCUCCGGAGCGAGUCGUAGAGCGGGUGGGAAAGCUCCUCUCCCAACCCCGCCUCAACAAGGACGCACUGGUGAAGCUACUUAAGCAAGCUGAGGGUGCUUUAUCAGAGUUGACUCAAUCUUCUUCUCUAGAGAACACAUUACGUCCUUUGAACAAAUCUCUAGUUCAAAGCAACUUGCUUCACCACAAAGACAAGGAUGUUAAACUAUUAGUUGCUGUUUGUUUCACUGAUAUCAUCCGGAUUCUUGCACCUAGUCCACCUUAUAGUGAUGAAGUAUUUAAGGAGAUUUUUAAGAUUAUUAUUAGUACUUUUGUGGACCUUGCCGAUGUUGAGAGUCCAUAUAUUUCAAGGAGGAUGAAGAUACUGGAGACAGUUUCUGCUCUCAGAUGUUCAGUUAUUAUGCUUGACAUUGGCUGUGAGGAUUUAGUCCUUGAUAUGUUUAGGGUUUUUUUCUCUGUUGCAGAACAAGUUCAUCAACAGAGUGUGUUUCAGGCUAUGCAGUCAAUUAUGACACAUAUCAUAGAGGAAAAAGUUUCUCAGCCUCUUCUGGAAGUGAUUUUAUGGAAUAUUGUGAAGGAGAAAAAGGGACCACCAUUUGAGCUUGCUGUUGUCAUCAUUCAAAAUUGUGCUGCAAAGUUGGAGCCGUCUCUUCGUGUAUUUUUGACCUCUUGUAUUCUGAACAGGGGAGCCUCGCCAAACGAGCUUAAGAAAUUAUAUCAUCAGAUUAUUUUGGAAAUAUUUCAGUUUUCUCCCCAGAUUCUCUUUGCUGUAAUCCCGAACUUGACUCAUGAACUACUGACCGAUCAGGUCGAUGUUCGUUUAGAGGCUGUUCAGUUGAUUGGAAAGCUUGUUGCACUCUCUAAGCUUCAUUUUGGCCAAGAUUAUCGCUCAGUCUUUGUGGAAUUCUUAAAAAGAUUCUCUGACAAAGCCACUGAAGUAAGAAUUGCUGCAAUAGAAUGUGCUAAAGCAUGCUAUCUAGCCUUACCAUCGGGAAAUGAAGUUCAUGAUGUUCUCACUGCUCUUGAAGCCAGGCUAUUAGAUUUUGAUGAUAAAGUGCGAAUUCAAGCUGUUAUUGCAGUCUGUGAUCUAGCUAAAUCAAACCUAACAUGUUUUCCUUCUGAAUUGAUAUCUAGAGCAGUAGAGCGGUUACGUGACAAGAAGGUUUCUGUGAGAAAAACUACAUUGCAAAAGUUAUUGGAGCUUUAUCGGGAUUAUUGUAGCAAGUGUUCAAAGGGGAUUGCCAUUAUUAAUGAACACUAUGAACAAAUUCCAUGUAAAAUAUUAGCUCUAUGCUUUGAUAAAGAUUGUGAAUCUUUCAGGCCACAAAACAUGGAACUUGUGCUUGCAGAGGAGCUCUUCCCAUCAUCACUUUCUUCAAAAGAAAGAGUGAACCACUGGACAGCUUUUUUCUCACUUUGCAAGUUGCCGCAUAUAAAAGCUUUAAACUCCAUCCUGUCUCAGAAGAAAAGGUUGCAGAUGGAAAUGGAAUCAUAUCUAGCACUACGAAUGAAAGCAAAGGAGAAUUGUUCGAAGGAGGUGCAGAAAAGAAUCCUAGCAUCUUUCAAGUUGAUGUCGGCUUCGUUCACUGACUCUUCUAAAGCUGAGGAUUGCUUUCAAAGUUUGAAUGAGAUGAAAGAUAAUAAUAUAUUCAAGGCUUUGGGUGAAAUGAUUGAUGAAAACACAUCUCUUGCAACUUCCCGAUCUAUUCGGGAUUCAUUUCUUAAGAGGAUUGGAAGUAAGCAUACAAAUUAUAACUUUUUCAAAGUUCUGUCACUGAAAUGUUCAAAUAUGAUAUUCAAUACUGAAAUUGUUUAUAGUAUUAUGGAGGAUCUAAUUUCUUGCACACAGUGUGGAAACAAGCAUAUGCAAUCCACCAUUGACCUCCUACUUAUUAUUUUGACCAUGUUCCCGUCAUUGCUGAGGGGAUCAGAGGCGUACUGGUUGAAGUUGUUCUCUGAAAAUUCUGCCUUGACAAAUGAAAAGGUUCUCCAGAUUUUAGUCAAAGCUGCUUGUCAUAUAUCUAUACAACUCAGUGAUAUUUACCCAUUAUUGGAGCGAAAGUGUCUGGAAGGAACACGUGCUGAAUCAAAAUUAGCUGUUUCAGCUAUUGCUUCACUUGGACAUUCAUCUGAUGACAAUACCUUUUCUGUUCUGUUGAAGAAACUUGUGAAUGCUCUUGAUGAUAGUGGAAAUAUACCAGCUCUGUUACAGUCUAUCAGCCAUAUAUCACAAUAUUCUCCUUCAGCUUACAAAUUAUAUCACCAAAAAGUUAUGCGUUUCAUUGUUGAAGAUAUUUUGUGCUCUUUGGAGAUGUUUGCAGCGGAUCCCUCGCCAAGUGGACAAACAUUCUCCGGUGAGGAUUCUGUGCCAAGCUUUUCCUGCAAAAUUAAGAUCUAUGGGCUCAAAGCACUAGUCAGAAGUUUUUUACCACGUCAAGUGACGCAUCUCCAGCAUCAAAUAAACGGUCUCUUUGACAUUCUUUUCGACAUAAUUCUUGAACAAGGUAUCUAUAAUGCUAUCAUUAUCAGUGAAUAUGACAAGGCGUAUCUUAGAAUAGCUGCUGCGAAAUCUGUUCUUCGGCUUGCUACAAGAUGGGAUUCACAUAUUUCACCCAAACAUUUCCAUUCAAUAAUUUUCACAGCAAGGGAUUCAUCUUGUGCUGUUCGCAGAUCAUUUAUUUGCAAAAUACAUAAACUUCUGAAGGAACAUGCACUCUUAAAUAAAUAUGCUUGCGCUUUUGCCCUGACGUCAACUGAUUGCCUUGGAGAUAUUCGAACUGAUUCUACAAGGUACCUCAGUGAAUUUCUGGAGGAGAGCAGCAGAAAGUUUUUGACCCAUCAUAAUACUUUAGAACAGAAAAAAGAUGCAAUUACAAACCAUCCAGCUUAUAUCAUGGUUUUCUUGAUCCAUGUUCUUGCUUAUGACCCCAAAUUUCCUUUGGAAAAUUGUAAAGAGGAGGAUGUUUAUGCGGAGUUUUGCAGUCCACUUAUUGUUAUCUUGCGAGAAUUGCUUAAUCUGGAUAUCCUGAAAAUAAAUGGGCAUUACUUCAGUAAUACCGUGUCAUUUCUUCUGGGUAUAUUUCGUGCUAUUCAGAAGGCUGAGGAUGCCAUUAAUCCUGAUAUGACCCCUAAAUUGCAUAUUCUAUCGAAAAUAGGUUUAUUCCUAGUAAAAGCACUCAGUGAACAACUCGAGCUUUCGUUAGAUGCCCCUCGACUGGUUUUGUUGCCAUCAUCACAUUAUAAAGUGUGUCAAGAUGCAAGAAAUAGAGAAGAAUCUCAUACCAGUGAAAGUUUUAUUAAUGAAGGUUUUGUUAAGAGAAUCCUUAAAGCCAACGAGUCUUUUAUUGCUCAGCCUGCUAGCUGUGAUGCUAAGCAUUGUGGUAUUUCCCAGAAGAAUUAUACAUGUUUGGAGACUAAGAAGAAGACAUUAAAUGACUUGCCUCUAGAGAGGCGAGCUGAUUCCAAACAAAGCAAACAACUGAGGCAGAAAGUUGGUGUUUGUGAUAGUGACAAAGAAAAUCAGAAGUUAGAAACCAUGAAAGUUGACUCUAAAGUGAAACAUAAGAAAAUGCUCUCAGCUACUUCAGCAUCAACGGAGUUGCUUUGUGAGAAAUCUGUUUCUGGGCCUGCAAAUUUGACAAAUGAAAAUUGCAAUUUCAACCUGGAAAGAGAGCAACUGUCAUCCUGUGCCUCAGUUAGCAUAAAGCUGUCUAAUCCACACAAAGAAAUUUUGGCCAAAGAAGCUGAUAUCCCUAUCAAAGGCAGGACUAUCACCGAGCCAAUUCAAAGUUCAGCAGAUUGCGUGGAGCGGGGUGGUUCAGGUGAAGCACUUGUGGGUAAACGCAUCAGAUUGUGGUCUCCAAUUGAUUUGUGCUAUAGUUCUGGAACUGUUGAUUCCUAUGAUUCUCAGAACAGUAAUUUCAAGAUUGUCCAUGAUAACGGAGAUAUAGAGCUCGUCCGACUGGAAGAUGAGAGAUGGGAGGCUAUUGAUAAUACAACUUCUGAAGAAAAGGACAUGCCCAACUUCCGGCCUGGAAAUUGGAAAGAUCACGACAAAAUGUUGUCUGAGCUUUCCAAGCCUGAAGCAUUGCUGGAUAGGAAAUCAUUGUGUUUGAUUUCUUGUAGGUCAAUUUCUUCUAGCAGCAGUCUGGAUGAAGUACUAGAUGACAGUGGAGAUUAUAAUGUGAAGAAGAAGUCCGGUGUGAAUGAAAGAAUGAGAAAUUCAAAGAACAUAAAAGUCUCAUGCGGAGGGACAAACUUUGCAAAGAGCAAGAGGUCAUUGCAAUCGAUACAGAAGAGUUCUGUUUCAGAUGACACCGAGGUAGUUGCAAACAAUAUGCGGAGAUUGCGACCACGGAGGGCAUAGAUUAUCUCGCACGUUAUCUAAAUUGUAGGUAGCAAAGUGCUUCGACACCAUAGUAGUCCUUAGUACAGCUGAAUUUACUUUUAUAAGGUAUGAUAUAUACAUGGGAUGAAAUCUGCCGGCCUUUGUAGGCUUCAUCGUUUAUGUAAACUUUGGUGAAUGCUUGAGCCCACACUGGAUAAAGUUUGUAACAGGAUUUUAAAGUUUUCUUGUCAUUGUUUUUAGUGUUGAUGUUUGUAUGGGAUUGUUCUGUCUUUUUGGAUUA